CCUUAUGUACUUUCUUAAAGCCGCGCUUGUACCCUAAAUGAAAAGGUUUCAUAUCAAAUGACUAAACUUUAUCACUUUUCUCAUUAAUUCGCAUGCAAAUAUGCAAGAGAGUGAUGUAAGAUUCAUAAUUAAUUUUUUUUUUAACAAAUUAUUGAGAUCAAACGAUUCAUGACAUGAUAUAAGAACUUGUUUGAUCAAAUGGUUGAAAAACAAGGUAUGCUCGACCUAUACAAAUUUUAAACACAGCAAGCCGUGCAAAUUCAUAAUUAAUGUUCUAUCCAUUCACUCGAAUUCAUAGAACCAAAUAACAAUGUCUGCAUUGACUUUCAAAUUUUAACUCAUUUUUUUUUUCAAACUUUAACUCUAAUCUACAAGCAUCCAUUAGCAAAUUAAUGACUCUUGAACCGCCACAUGCAACAAGGUCAACUACAAUAAGUCAAUCCAACUUCACUACCCUUUUUCAGCCGAUUAUAUAUCAUCAUCCCUCUCAAAUCCACCAAUAUGAAACCAAUUAAGAGAAUCAGUAAGCCCAAAAACACAAAUGAUGCUAUCCAAAUUCUCUUUUCUCCUAAUCCUUCUUCUUCCCUUUCAACUAACACUCGCCCAACCGUCCAAUCCCACUUACAUAACUCACGUCUGCCCCACCGCCACAGCUUUCACUCCAAACUCUACCUUCGCCACCAACCUCAACGCCCUCCUCUCCCUCUUUUCCACCGCCGCCACCGCCGGCGCCCCCUUCCACUACGCCGCCGCCGGCAACCAGUCCUUCCGCCCCGACACGGCCGCCGCCUACGGCCUCUACCUCUGCCGGGGCGACACCACCCCGAAAGAGUGCCAAGACUGCGUCAACUUCGCCGCCUCCCACACCGCCCAGCACUGCCCGAACCGGAAAACCGCAGUCAUCUGGUUCGACCGAUGUAUGGUUCGCUACUCGAACCGGUCGAGCUUCUCGGUCCAGCCGGACACGUUCGUCCUGUGCAAUAAUACCACAAACGCAACAAAACCAGACCGGUUCAACCAGGUGGUGACCCGGCUUAUGAGAGAGAUCAUCGCCGAGGCGGCUGCGGGGGAAUCUAAGAAGUUUGCGACUAAGUCCGACGUGGCGGCGCCUUCUCGGUCGGUUUAUGCGAUGGCUCAGUGCACGAACGACUUGUCCGGCGAAAACUGCGACCGAUGCCUGAGGACGUGUCUGAGCUGCUUGCUUCCGUCUUGCAGUAACAAUGGAAAGCAAGGCGGAAGGGUUCUGCUUCCUAGCUGUAACAUCAGAUACGAACCCCAUCCUUUUUAUAGAGAAACUACUACGACUGAAGUCGCGGCAGCUUCGCCGGAGCUCGAAGUUCCGGCUCCGGCUCCAGUAGAGACGCGGGUUGAAGGCGACAGAAGCGGGAUAUCAUCGGGAGCAAUAAUAGCCGCCAUCGGGGUUCCAGUUGCCGUUUUCAUGUGGAUAGUAGGCGGCCUAGCUUGCUGCUUCAUCAACAAUAGAAUGAGAUCAUCAUCAACUAGAAAGAAGCUUAAGCUAGUUCACAACGCUGCUUCUGGUUCUGGAGGAGACCCAAAUGGACGAAAUUGGUGGCGCUUUUCAAUUGAAGAAAACGAGAUCACCAAUGCCGAGUCCCUGCAGUUCGACCUGGCCACCAUCGAAGCCGCAACCAGUAACUACGACCCUCGUAAUAAACUUGGACAAGGUGGAUUCGGCGAGGUUUAUAGGGGCACCCUCAUUACCGGAGAAGAAAUAGCGGUGAAGAGACUGUCGAAAAGCUCGGGACAAGGAGAGGAAGAGUUCAAGAACGAGGUUCUGCUGGUGGCCAAACUUCAACACAAGAAUCUAGUCAGGCUGUUAGGGUUUUGCUUGGAAGGGGACGAGAGAAUACUCGUCUACGAAUUCGUCCCCAACAAGAGCCUCGACCAUUUUCUCUACGCUGAGGAAAGGAAAAUGUUGUUAAAUUGGCCAUCACGACACCAGAUAAUACUCGGAAUUGUUCGAGGGACUCUUUAUCUCCACGAGGAUUCUCGGCUUAAGAUCAUACAUCGUGACCUCAAGGCUAGCAACAUCUUGUUGGACAAGGAUAUGAAGCCCAAGAUUUCAGAUUUUGGGAUGGCUAGGAUCUUCGGAGUUGACCAAACUCAGGCAAAUACGAACAGAAUUGUCGGCACUUUGUUGUUUUGACGGGUGCUUGUUGUCUCCUGUUUUGGUGGGCUGCUCGUUCAUUUCGGUGAUGGUGUGCGUUUGGCUAGCAGGAAAUUUCAAGUGUAUCAGGACUAGCAUCUGCAGGCAUAGUUAGUAAAAAAGGGGGGGAAACACGUAUAAUACGCGUAUGUAUGCCCGUUUCUAGCGUAAUUUAUGUCGUUUGCCGUUUUUUAAUUGUUCAUUCCGUAUUAUACGCGUUAAGUAACCUCUCUCCGUACAUAUAUAUACUCAUUGAAAGAGAAAGAUUAUUCCAACUUGCAUAAUUCUUUAUUAAGAUGUUUAGUUGUUUACGUGGCUUAACUUGGGAGAUUUUCCCAUGUGAUUAUUGUCUGCAUCUUUUACUUUAAAACUUUAAAUAUUUUUAAUUUGAUAAUUGGAAGGAUGACAUGGCAGCAGGCAUGUAGGCCACGUUAAUCCUUUGUUUCUUUUGUUUAUUUCUCCCAAGUCUCAUCCAUUUUUUAUAUUUCUACCGAGUAAAUUCUGAGUUUUAGUCUUAUACAGCAAAUUCAUUAAUAUGAUAUGUUACAUUUGUGUCAGGGCGUCGAAGUUAUGGUUCGGAAAAAGGACCAAACUUAUUUCAAAUAUAGAGUGGCGCGUAAGUCGUAAACUGUUGUUACUAUAUCCCCUUUAAAGGACAAUGGUCUUUGAGUUUAGAGGAUGAUUUCACUAAGUAUUGCUUUGAGGGGUUCAUGAGUAGAAUUGUUUGCUAAUAUCAAUUUCUCCUUGUUAUAUCUUGAGACGAAGAAAACAAUUCCUUAACGAAGCAUAAGAAAGAAAGAAAGAAAAACGCGCAAUGUUUGUUCAUAUAAGAAAAAUAUAUAGUCUAAACUAGAUGAGUCAUCUCGUUCACAAUGUGUGUUCAUAUAAAGGAGAUGAGAUUGAUACCUAAACAAAUAUAGUGUUCGGAGUAGCUCUAUAACAUGCAUUCCACGUUCACAUUCAAUGAAAACUAAAAACAAAU